AUGGGUUUAAUCCUGGGACGAGAUUCUCGUACUAGAGCGUAUAAAAAUUGGUUUUCCGCCGUCGCAAAAAAUACAAUCCUGGAUUUGGCAGCUUUAUCGUUGGUACUUUCUGGACUUUCGACUCUCUGUUCCUCACGUCUGUUCUUCAUCCAUACGAGAGAACACCGGCGCCCCCGUCCCGUAACUGAGCUUCGUUCCCAUGUGAAAUCGAGUGCACCCAGGUACAUGCACAGAGCGGCUCGAUAUAUGCCAGCUCCAAGGAGGUUAAUAACCGUAGUUCAUAAGCUGAUUCCCAGGCAGCAAACCGUUACGUGGAAUAGCAAGAGAGAUAUGGGGAUUAUAUAUAUAAAACCCCUACUGUACAUUAGUGGUGAUGAUGGUGGCGAUGGUGGUGGUGCUGGUGAUAGGUCAUUUACAAGUCAGAUCGGCUAUCAAUCAAUACAGCUGCAGCAGCCUAAGUCUAACUCCGGCUAUCUAGAGUGUGCACGUGGGGAUGGGAGACGCCAUGCUGCGUUUCUAACCAUUGGCUCUAGCCUAUGGACCAUACUAUUCGCCCGUGCCCGCUUGGGGCCGGUGCUCCCCACACCAAAUGAGCUUACCCCAACUACACAGCAAAGACCCUAA